GGAAAGGGUCAGCGGGGUUUCGCGAAGGGCUUGGGCAGGGUUUUGGGCAGGGUGUGCGAGUUAUUGAAGAAAAGGCCGCUGUACUCGGAGAAAGACGGUAAAACUACGGACUGGGAAUCAUGAUUCGGCUGGUAUAAACCCUUUAAAAUGGCCAUAAGGGAACUAAAAGUGUGUCUUCUCGGGGACACAGGAGUUGGAAAAUCGAGCAUCGUUUGUAGGUUCGUCCAGGACCACUUUGAUCACAACAUAAGCCCGACUAUCGGUGCGUCAUUUCUAACCAAGACCGUUCCCUGCGGCAGUGAGCUUCACAAGUUCCUCAUCUGGGACACAGCGGGGCAAGAGCGUUUUCACUCAUUGGCUCCCAUGUACUACAGAGGAUCAGCUGCUGCAGUCGUUGUGUAUGACAUUACCAAGCUGGACUCUUUCCAGACGCUGAAGAAGUGGGUGAAGGAGCUGAAGGAGCACGGUCCCGAGGACAUCGUCGUGGCGAUAGCCGGAAACAAGAAUGACCUCGGAGACAUACGGGAAGUCCCCACAAAAGAGGCCAAGGAGUUCGCUGAGUCUAUUGCAGCAAUAUUCAUCGAAACCAGCGCAAGAAACGCCGUCAACAUCGAGGAGCUUUUUCACAAAAUAAGUCGUCAGAUCCCCCCGCUGGAGAACAGCGAAGUGGACAGUACUGAGUCCUUUAAGAUCACACGGCAGACACCGUCGUCGGCUCGGCGCUGCUGUUAGGUGCCGAGCAGAUUUCCCUUGGCUGUAGAUAUUUGACAGAUAAGUAAAAAACAAACAAACAAAAAACAAGAACAAAAAGCAAAGCAAACCGUGCGGUUUAAAGAAUGCAAUCGUAAGGUGUCGAAGCAUACAGAACAGUAUUUCCCAUGCUUGGGAACAGGGUUAGAAGGCUAACUCUCUAAAGACGUCCCAGCAUGGGGGCCCUUGGUGUCAGACUCCCACACGGACAGGCCAGAGCACUGCAGGGUUUAGUGUUUCCCUGAUUCAUUUAUACCUGAUUCGACUAAUUGCUGAAGUGCUCAGUAGCAGGACUGAGCACACCUAAUCCAGAGGAAACCAUAAGGGCCGGAUUAAACCUAGCUCUGGCCUAAAUGGUGAAUUGCCAUUUGGUGAUUUUUAGUCUAGGCCUAAAUUUAAUCUGGGUCUGGGAAAUUGGCUGUAAACCGUGCAGUAUGUUGGCCCUCCAGGAUCGUGGACUUUGACAUCCUGGCACUAACUGCCUCAGAUUCCAGGGAAGUGUCUGUCCAUGUUCAUGAGCGUAUAUGAGGACAAGAUGCGGAAAAGCGAGGCGUUAAUAAUUGGUCAUACUCUGAGCAUGAGAGCAUUUUUGUUUUUUUGGUUCUGAGGAGGUUUGUGUCAUAUUGUUUGUCCUCUGAGAGUUCAGAAUAUUUGUUUUAAACUUUGUCCUACCUAUAUUGGUAGUUAUUAUAAAUGGGUAGUUUCCUCAGCUCACAACUAUAACAUCUAUUAAUAAAGUGUAGUCAUAGUACCUCAUGUAUAUAUGUCAGAUACUAGCUCCCAGACUUAAGUAUUUUACAUUAUGGGUCAAAUGAAACACAGUGGGUCCAAAUGAAAAUAAUGGAUCCAAAACAUAAUUUUAAAAAAAAAUGAUGUAAGGUUUAGGUUGGUUAUUAACUUGGUGUUUUUAUGGAACAAAAGUAAACGUUUGUUUAGCUCGUUUAAUGUAUUCUUGACUUGACCAAAGUGUAGCCAUUGCUUGACUCGGCGGUUAAAAUGAGCAAAACAUAAAUGGCCCAACUCGCUCAGUCAGACGUUUGGCGGCUGAGAGCUGCACCGUUUCUGAGAUGUGUGCGUUUUGCGCCGAGGCUAGGAAACGCAGCUCACCUCCUGACUCCUAACGCUUGGCAGGCCAGCUAAACGCGGUCUGAUAACGAGCGCCGGUUCCGGUUCGGGCGGUGGAGACGUCACGGUCACCGGAGCCAAAGGUCUCGUUUCCAGGACACGCGUGGGAGGAUCGUGCAAACGGAGGCUGCAGUAAAGCAGCUCUGAAAGUCGGGUGCGGUAGGCACCGGGCCAUUUCACGGCGCGAUGUUGCCACUAACGGGUUGUUUUAUUUGUUAAUAAUCAUUCAAGUGCUCUUAAAAUGAAGAUGCUACUUUUGAGAAGUUAGCGUUGAAUUCUGUCAACUAAUGCCUUAAUCCAUAAAACGCUUACAAACGUGAAAGUGAAUCUAGUUUUUAGUUUGAAGUAAGGAACACUGAGAUUACUGAGGGUGUAAAACUAAUCACUGUCGCGUUAUGGAUUGCUGUGCCAACUAAACGUGUUACCAUAUUGUGCCUUGUUGCAGUUUAGUCUUUUAUUUGAACUCCGCACAAGCCGUGUGUAUGUGUGUCGUCGUAAAGCGUGACCACGGUUUGCCUGGAAAAGAGCAGUUUCAGAACAACCACCAGAGGGCAGUGUGAACUUCAGCCCUUCGGCAAAGCGAGUCUGUUCCCAUUUCACUGAUUGCGAAAUCUCCCCCCACGCCCAUAUAUUGUCGUCCUCUGUAAAUCUUUUACGAUGGUGUUUGUGUCGAUUGUCACGAAAGCAACGUUGUGGUUUUUGUGCACUGUUAAUGGAGUAUGUUUUAUUGUGUUAAUAUUUUUUUUAGCAUAACAAUUCCCUCGGUUCUCUGAAAAGAGACACCGGCAUUGGGGCCAGAGUUACAAUGCACAAUAAGACCAGUUCAUUUCAGUUUCAAGUUUGGUUUAUUUGUCACAUACAUAGUCAUACACAGUUGGAUUAUCAUAUUAAUUUUACUCGUCUGGGAAGCCUGGUGUGUGAUUCUGGUAAACACAGUAUUUAAUCUCUUAUGAAUCAUUCAUUCAGUUCAUUGAGUAAGAUGUUUUUAACAAUGGCUUAUCAAUAUUAUAUAUUGCUGUAUUUCUCUAUAGCUGAAUGACCAGGGUGUUUGUUAUUUGUGUGCUGGUGAUUUAAAUGUGUUAACAAUAGUGCCUAAACUGGCUUGGAGCAACAAUGUUCUAAUAAUUUACACAAGUGACCCGCGUAACCUAUGCAGACCAGAGUAACACUUUCAUAGUAACCAAUUUUGUUAAUAAACUUGUAUUUGCAUUCAUC